UUGCGUGGUAUAUCGCUGUCCGCCAUGGCAGCUGCUUCAUCAAAAGGUCAAAACCAGAGCUUCAAUGGCGGCCGCUAAGAAGAAGAAGCAAUGGAGAGAUCUGAACUUCUGACUAAUUCCUUCAUUGACCUGGUUUUCGCACUCAAAACCCUAGAAAUUCAACCCGUGGCGGCCUUUUCAAUGAAUCUCAAACCCUAGAAAAAUCGUACCCUUUGCCGGCCAUGAUCAUUGAUUUUCCAGCUCCCACACUUUGAACCCUAGCCGCCAUUAUUACGGAGCCGAAGACGUGGACAAAGUAAAACCUAGUCCUUUUUUUUUAGGAUUUGGGGCCUUUGAAAGGGGAACCCCUAGCUUCUAUUAAAUCUCAGUGUGAAAAGCUCUCUAUCUCUUGUAUUUGAACUCUGGUUUUUUCGCUCCUUGAUUGUGCUUUUUUUGCUGGUUUUUUCUUCGUUUUUGCGUUGAAAAUGGAGAGUAAAUGGAGAAAAGCGAAGAGCGCUCUAGGGCUUCGACUAUGUACUUAUAUGCCAAAAACACUCGAUGAUUCUUCUUCUCCAGCUGAUUCAACUGGUAGACUAUCGGAUUAUCAAGCAACAUCAACUGGAGAAAUUGAUUACAGGCCACUAACGCCUACUCCCACUUCUGCUGGUCUCAGGUUAUCGAGAAACAGUUACAGGUCCUCAAAGAGGACCUGCUCAAUAUGCCUCGGCGCCAUGAAACCUGGCAAUGGUCACGCCCUCUUCACAGCUGAGUGUUCCCACUCCUUCCACUUCCAUUGCAUCCUCUCCAACGUAAAACAUGGGAGCCACGCAUGUCCAGUUUGCCGAGCCAAAUGGAAAGAAGUUCCAUUUCCUGCUCCCUCCUCUGAUCACAACAGCAGGGCACGCAUUAGCCCUCUCGACUGGCCUAACGAGGACCCUGCCUUCAUGACCAUUUUACGCCGACUACCCCAACCCCGACCCCCCCAUGAAUCUCAUCACCACCACCUGAACCCCCUUUUUCAUGCCCCUGAACCUGCUUCAUUCACCGAUGAUGAGCCACUUGACCCACGAACUGAACCCAGUGGUUUGAACCCACCUCUUGAAAACCCAACCCAAGCCCUCAAAAUCGAGACCCACCCCGAGUUUGACUUAGUCCCAAGGUCUCUCUCUCUGGACAAUUUCUCUAUCUUGGUUCAUCUCAAGGCUCCAUAUUCAAGUCAAAAUGGGAUGAAAACCCAAUUAUUAUCGCCCCAAAGCCAUAGGGAUCGAGCUCCUGUGGACCUAGUGACUGUGCUCGAUGUGAGUGGAAGCAUGGCUGGGACCAAAUUAGCCCUUCUAAAGCGAGCCAUGGGGUUCGUGAUCCAAAAUUUAGGCCCAUCUGACCGUCUUUCUGUCAUUGCCUUCUCGUCAAACGCUCGUCGUCUUUUUAACCUUCGUCGAAUGUCUGAAUCAGGCCGGCAACAAGCCCUACAUGCGGUAAAUGCCCUUGCGUCGACUGGCGGCACGAACAUUGCUGAGGGCCUCCGGAAGGCUGCAAAGGUAAUCUCAGAUCGUAGAGAGAGAAACCCAGUUUGUAGUAUCAUACUCUUAUCCGACGGUCAGGACACAUACACUGUGGGCUCAGCUGCAGGUGCGGGCAGGCUCGCACCUAUGGACUACACAAGCCUCCUUCCGAGCUCAGUCCAGGCCCCAGUACAUGCUUUCGGGUUUGGUGCUGACCACGACGCAGGUUCAAUGCAUGCCAUCUCAGAGGCAUCAGGGGGGACGUUCUCUUUCAUUGAGGCAGAGGGGGCCAUACAAGAUGCCUUUGCACAGUGUAUUGGUGGUCUCCUGAGUGUGGUGGUCCAGGACGUGAAGCUGAGCUUCGAUUGUGUGGUCCCUGGUGUGCGAGUGACUGCGAUCCGGGCUGGAAGCUACACAAGCAGUAUAAUGGAUGGAGGCCAGGGGGGUUCAGUCAACGUUGGUGAUCUGUAUGCCGAGGAGGAGAGGAACUUCUUAGUUGAUGUCACUGUCCCAGCAAUGUCGAAUAGGGGUAGUUCGGUAAAUUACAAUGGAGGGGCACAGCCUGAGAGUGGCGUUUCCAUAAUUUCCACCUUCCUUCUAAGUGUGCGGUGCAUGUACAAGGACCCAAUAACAGGUGACGGAUGCAAUGGCACCCCCGUGGUGGUUGAGGUCACCCGCCCCAUUGGCGCUGCUGAUCUCUUGGGCCUGCCUCGACUUGAGGUUGACCGUGAGCGGCAGCGUGCAGGUGCAGCUGAGACCAUGGCUGAGGCACGGGCCCUUGCUGAGCAUGGGGACCUCCGCGGGGCAGUUGCCGCCCUCGACCGCCGCCGUUCAGUCAUGGCAGGCUCCGCGGCAUGGCGUGCCGGUGACGAGCUGUGCCUAGCAUUGGAUGCUGAGCUUGCGGAGUUGCAGUGGAGAAUGGCCAGUAGGGCAGCCUAUGAGUCGUCGGGGAGAGCAUAUGUUUUGUCAGGGCUGAGUUCACACUCGUGGCAGCGGGCCACAGCAAGAGGGGCGAGUGCGGCCCAUGGGGCUGGGCCCCAUGGGUACCAAACUCCGUGCAUGGCGGACAUGCUGGCAAGGUCGAGGACGAUGGGGCCGCCAGCAACGGCAGCGCCAGUGAGGCCGAGGCCAAGGCCGAGGUGAUGAUUGGUGGGCUUGGUGGAGAAAUUUUUAAUGUGGGGAGGAAAAUUUUGUCCCUUUUUUUCUUUUUGUAUGUUGAUUUUUACUCUUUUUUUUUUGUUAUUUCAAUGGUAUUUGUUUUGUUUUUAUAUUGUAAAUUUUUUGGGGGUAUUUUGUGGCAUAUUGCGGUGAUUAUAAGUGCAUAUAUAAGGAGUGGUUGUGUUGGAUGACUAUGUAAAUGGUGAAUAAGGAGGGGAAGUUGGGCUUUUGGUGUAUUAUAUAUGUGUGGUUUUUA